AUAGCAAAGCUACCAUUGUACUAUACUCCAUUAGCUCCAACAAAUCACACAGAUUUCAUAAAAUCCAGAGCAAUGAAUUUGCAAGAAGUAAGUGAAGAAGACAAAUUAAGCCAAGAUUGUAAGGAGUUAGUUCUCUCUCUCCCUAGAGAGAAGGGUUGGAUAACACCUUAUCUCUAUUUAUACCAAAGCUUUUGGAAUUCAUCAACUGAAAUCCAAGCCAUAAAAAAUUUUCAAAAUCACUUCCAAGCCAAAGACAAUGAUGUUAUCAUUGCUAGUGUUCCAAAAUCGGGCACCACUUGGUUGAAAGCCCUUACCUAUGCCAUUGUCAAUCGCCAACAUUUUCCUUCUUUAGAGAACCACCCACUACUUAAUUACAAUCCCCAUCAACUUGUGCCUCCAUUUGAAUUUGUCCUUUAUGAUGAUAUUUAUGGCCAAAUACAUGACUUAUCCAUUAUGACUGAGCCAAGACUUUUUGGUACUCAUAUUCCAUUCACUUCAUUGGCCAAAUCAAUUAAAGAGAGUAAUUGUAGAAUAAUUUAUAUUUGUAGGAACUUGUUAGACACCUUUGUGUCUACAUGGACUUUCGUUGACAAAAUUAUGCCCGAGAUUUUACCUACAUUACCACUAGAGGAAGCUUUUGAAAUGUAUUGCAAGGGGGUAAUUGGGUUUGGUCCAUCUUGGAAUCAUAUACUAGGUUAUUGGGAAGAGAGUCUUGCUAGGCCAAAUAAGGUUUUGUUCUUAAAGUAUGAGGACCUUAAAGAAGAUAUCAAUUUUAAUGUGAGAAAAAUAGCAGAAUUUUUGGGUUGUCCUUUCACUCAAGAGGAAGAAAAAGAUGGAGUGACUGAAAAUAUAAUCAAAUUGUGUAGCUUUGAGAAGAUGAAGGAAUUAAAGGUAAAUAAAUAUGGAACAAUGGGUGAAGGAAGGAUAAUUGAGAACAAGAACUUCUUUCGAAAGGCCGAAAUAGGAGAUUGGGUAAAUUAUCUUCCCCGUUCAAUGGUUGAAAAAUUAUCCAAAAUCAUAGAUGAAAAGUUAAGUGGAUCAGGUUUAUCAUUUAGAGUGUACGACCUUAAUUGAUAGUGCAAGGUUGCCAACUAUCAUAUUAUUGGCAUCCUUAUCAUAUAUAAUAAGUAGCUAAAUAACCGUGCAUAUGGCUAAAUUACCAUGUGUGGCACAAAUGUUAGUGUCUUUUCUUUCUUAUUAGAAUAAAGAGGUGUAAAAUGUAUCAAAGACAAAAUUGCUACCUCGAUUAUGAUCAUUUGGAAUCAGCAGGAUGGCAAGUGUGUAUUUAUGUUUUAUGAUUAUAUUUACUUCUUUUAAGGUCUUGUGUUAA